GUAAUGCGGAACUCCGUCCGUGCGCUCACAGAGGGUUUGGGAUGGAAACGAAUGUUGUUGUCAGCCGUCAAAUGCGACAUUAGUGGUAAAGAAGACGGCAACGAGCGGAUGUUAUUGGGUGUCACCCUAUGUGUAGAUUGUAUUUCACUGUGAAAUGAAAAUGUCACUGAUAAUGUCAAAAGAGAAGAUCUAAUUUCUGCCAAUUGCCUUCCUCUUUACCUGCGGGGGUCAACGGAGUAGCUUGGUAAUAGUGCUAGCUUGUCAGAGGAGAGAGCCUGCCAAACAGCUUGCAUCUUGAGGAAGUCCCGCCCGUUUCCAGCACGCUGCCCCAGGGCACCAUGAUUAGGGGCGACCCAGCUGUCCCACGUCAUUCCUAGCUCAGCUCCAGCUCCUGAUUGGACACCAUCUCUGUUGCGCCCCGGUUGCCAUGACUUAGAGAAGGUUCCGGAUCAAAGAUGGAGAAAAAGAAGAUGUGCCCCCGCCUGCUGGACUACCUGGUGGUAGUCGGAGCCAGGCAGCCCUGCAGUGACAGCGUGGCUCAGACACCCCAGUUGCUGCGGCGCUACCCUCUGGAGGACCACCCGGAAUUCCCGCUGCCGCCGGACGUGGUGUUCUUCUGCCAGCCCGAGGGCUGCCUGAGCAUUCGCCAGCGCCGCGUCAGUCUCCGUGACGACGCCUCCUUCGUCUUCACCCUCACCGACAAGGACUCGGGCGUCACGCGCUAUGGCAUCUGCGUCAACUUCUACCGCUCGUUCCAGCGUGGACACCACAGACCCCGGACAGAGGCCAGAGGAGACAAGGCUGCCCCGACGACAGAAAUGGGGGUGGAGGCCACGGAGAAGACGGAGCUGUCCUCUGCCGACGAGACUGUGCCGGACUCCGUGGCCCCUCCGGCUGAGACGGGCCCCGCCAAGUCGCCCCGGCCGAAGCGCGGGGGUCGUGUGGCCCCCCGCAUUCGCAACAGCAGCCUGACGUCGCUCUGCAUCCUCAGCCACUACCCCUUCUUCUCCACCUUCCGCGAGUGUCUCUACAUCCUCAAGCGCAUGGUGGACUGCUGCAGCCAGAGGCUCAACCAGCGCGCCGGCCUGCCCAAGGGCACACAGAGGGACACCAUGUGGCGCAUGUUCACGGGCGCUCUGUCCUCGGAGGAGAAGGAGAAAGGCAGCCCUCCGCUGGCGGAUCUGCGAGAGAUCGAGUCGUGGGUGUACCGGCUGCUGCGCUCGCCCGUGCCCGUGGCCGGCCAGCGGCGCGUGGACGUGGAGGUGCUGCCGCACGAGCUCCAGCCGGCGCUCACCUUCGCCCUGCCCGACUCCUCGCGCUUCUGCAUGGUGGACUUCCCCCUGCACCUGCCUCUGGAGCUGCUGGGGGUGGACGCCUGUCUGAUGGUGCUCAGCUGCAUCCUGCUCGAGCACAAGGUGGUCCUUCAGUCCCGGGACUACAACGCUCUGUCCAUGAGCGUGAUGGCGUUCGUGGCCAUGAUCUACCCUCUGGAGUACAUGUUCCCCGUCAUUCCUCUGCUGCCCACGUGUAUGGCCUCCGCAGAGCAGCUCCUUCUUGCCCCCACCCCCUACAUCAUUGGCGUUCCAGCCUCUUUCUUCCUGUACAAGGCCGAGUUCAGGAUGCCAGACGACGUGUGGCUGGUUGAUCUCGACUGCAACAGGGUCAUCAGACCCAGCAAUGCGGAGAUCCUUCCCCCUCUCCCUGAGCCCGAGUCGACUGAGCUCAAGAAACACCUAAAGCAGUUCCUGCAGUGUCUGGUUAGGUUGACUGCCAUCACCCAAAAGCAGAUCUUCGCCUCCGACUCCAAGGCGCUGGCCAGCAUGAGUCUCAACACGCAGCCCAUCCUCAACUUCGAGAAGUUCCAGGAGGGCCAGGAGCUGCCGUUGCUCCCGCCCAGUCGGGACAAGGCCUCGCCGUCCUCUACCGAGUUCAACCCCCUCAUCUACGGCAACGACGUCGACUCUGUGGACGUGGCCACCAGGGUUGCCAUGGUGAGGUUCUUCAACUCGCCGAACGUCCUGCAGGGGUUCCAGAUGCACACGCGCACGCUGCGCCUCUUCCCUCGGCCCGUGGUGGCCUUCCAGGCUACCUCCUUCCUGGCCUCCCGACCGCGCCGCUCCGGGUUCGCCGACAAGCUCUCGCACACGCAGGCCGUGGAGUACUACGGGGAGUGGGCCCUCAACCCCACCAACCUGGCCUUCCAGAGGAUCCACAACAAUGUGUUUGAUCCCUCUCUGAUUGGAGACAAGCCCAAGUGGUACGCGCACCAGCUGCAGCCGGUCUUCUACCGCGUGUACGAUGGCUCGUCUCAGCUGGCUGAGGCCAUCAGCGGCCCACUCGAGGAAGAGGCCAACGACUCGGACCCUACCGAUGACAGUGGCAGUGACAGUGAAGGCUAUGAUGACUCCAGUUCAUCCUACUCCUCCCUGGGGGACUUUGUGAAUGAGAUGAUCAAAGGGGACAUUUCGGGAGACACUCCAAAUGUGGAUCCGCUGGGGCACGCAGCGCUGGGGGAUGCCAGUGAGGUGGAGUUCCACGACUUCCAGGAGUACAAGGAGGGGGAGGAGGCCACGGAGACCGCGGUCGAGGCGGAGGUCGAGGGCGAGGGGGAGGGUCCAGCGGAGGCAUCAGAGGGCCAGCCGCUGCGCUCUAGCUCCAGCACCACGGCCAGCUCCAGCCCCAGCACCAUCAUCCAGGGGGUCAACCACGAGCAGCCUGAGCCUGCUGAGAUGGAGGCAUCUGCUAGCGUCGCCCUCAAGAACGCUGUCCCAGGAUUGGCUGGCCAGCCUUUCUCCCGCCCCAGCCCUGAGCCCACCUCUUCAGACCCGGCCAAUAAGAAGAAGGAGUAUGAUAACCCUUACUUUGAGCCUCAGUAUGGCUUCCCUGCGGAGGAUGAUGCAGACAGCGAGGAGCAGGAGGAGAGCUACACCCCGCGCUUUAGCCAGAACCUCAACGGAAACAAGCCACAGCGCCCCCUACGGCCCAGCAGUCUCAAGCUCCCAGGGGAGUCGGACGGUGAGGGAGACUCCCGCAACAGCUCGCCCAACUCAACCAUCUCCAACAACAGCGGCGAUGGAUUUGGAGGCCUCAUGUCAUUUGCCAGUAACCUGUACAAGAACCACGGCACCAGCUUCAGUCUGUCCAACCUGGCUCUGCCCAACAAGGCCGCCAGGGAGAAGGCCACACCCUUCCCCAGUCUCAAAGUAUUUGGGCUAAAUUCUCUAAUGGAGAUUAUAACAGAGGUCGGCCCGGGGAGCGGAGAAGGGGCCCGUGGUCCCAGAGCUCUGGUGGACCAGAAGUCGUCGGUCAUCAAGCACAGCCCUACUGUAAAGAGAGAGUCCCCCUCCCCUCAGGGGAAGGCCAACAACACCAGCGAGAACCAGCAGUUCCUGAAGGAGGUUGUCCAGAGCGUGCUGGAAGGGCAGGGCGUAGGAUGGCUCAACAUGAAGAAGGUGCGCCGCCUACUGGAGAACGAACAGCUGCGUGGCUUUGUGCUCAGCAAGCUCAACCGCGCCGUCCAAUUAGAAGAGGACGCGCGACAGGAGGUCAUCAGGGACGUGGAGGUGAACAGGAAGGUGUACAAGGGCAUGCUGGACCUGCUGAAGUGUACGGUGUCCAGUUUGGAACACUCGUACACCAACGCAGGCCUGGGGGGCAUGGCCAGCGUCUUCAGCCUGCUGGAGAUAGCACGCACCCACUACCAAACCAAAGAGGCCGAGAAGCGGAAGCGCAGCCCCAUGGAGGGCGCCAGCAGCCCGGGCAGCAAGGAGAGCCCAUCGGGCCGCAUGGAGAGCGCCCGGGCCGCCGGCGUACUGCUGGUUCCCCGGCUCCAGCUCCACCCGCCUUCCGCCACAACCGGAAAGGGCGCACGGCAAUUCGAUACCCGCAGUCUGAACGAGGAGAAUUUUAUUGCGUCCAUUGAAUUGUGGAGCAGGCACCAGGAUAACAGAAAGCAAAAUGCUUUGGAAAAGGAACAGAGAGCGGAGGGGGCCAAGCAGCGCGCCGAGGGCAAGGCAGGAGACACAGAGGAGAAGAAGUCCCAAAUCAGCGCUGACAGUGGCCUGAGUGUCACCUCGGGCUCACAGAGGAGCGAUACGGAGUCUGUGGCCAGCUCUGAACCUCCAGCGCUGACCCGCAGCACCAGUCAGGACUCUGAGGCCAGCACAGUGGUGAGCAACAGCUCAGGUGAGACCCUGGGAGCGGAUAGCGACCUGAGCAGCACAGCAGGGGACGGCCUGGGCAGACAGGCGCCUCACCUGACCCUCUCCAGGGGCACCCUGUCCGACAGCGAGAUAGAGACCAACCCCGCCACCAGCUCUGUGUUUGGGAAGACCCACCAGCUGAAGCCUGGGAAGAGGGAGCCGAAGGGGGUCAUGUCCAAAGGAGCACCACCGCCACCUCUGGAGGAUGUCAGCAUGAGGAUCUACCUGUGUGAGGGCCUGCUGGGGCGUGACAAGAGCUCCAUGUGGGACCAGCUGGAGGAUGCUGCCAUGGAGACCUUCUCCUUGAGCAAAGAGCGCUCCACUCUGUGGGACCAGAUGCAGUUCUGGGAGGACGCCUUCCUGGACGCCGUGAUGCUGGAGCGGGAGGGCAUGGGCAUGGACCAGGGCCCGCAUGAGAUGAUCGACAGGUACCUGUCCCUGGGUGACCACGACCGAAAGCGGCUGGAGGAUGAUGAGGAUCGGCUCUUAGCCACACUACUGCACAACAUGAUCGCCUACAUGCUCAUGAUGAAGGUAAGCAAGGCUGAUAUUCGGAAGAAGGUGAGACGUCUGAUGGGCAAGUCUCACAUUGGCCUGACGUACAGCCAGGAGAUCAACGACAUCCUGGACCGCCUCAAUAACCUGAACGGCCGUGAGCUACCCAUCAGGCCGAGCGGCAGCCGACACAUUAAGAAGCAGACGUUUGUGGUGCAUGCUGGGACAGACACCACAGGGGACAUCUUCUUCAUGGAGGUGUGUGACGACUGCAUCGUGCUGCGCAGCAACAUUGGUACGGUGUACGAGCGCUGGUGGUACGAGAAGCUCAUCAACAUGACCUACUGUCCCAAGACCAAGGUGCUGUGUCUCUGGCGACGCAACGGCCAAGAAACCCAGCUCAAUAAGUUCUACACUAAGAAGUGUCGUGAGCUGUACUACUGUGUGAAGGACAGCAUGGAGCGGGCAGCUGCACGUCAGCAGAGCAUCAAACCAGGUCCAGAGCUUGGGGGCGAGUUCCCCGUGCAGGACAUGAAGACCGGCGAGGGCGGCCUGCUGCAGGUCACUCUGGAGGGUAUCAACCUUAAGUUCAUGCACAGCCAGGAGCGGAAGGUUUUCAUAGAGCUGAAUCACAUUAAAAAGUGCAAUACUGUGAAGGGAGUCUUUGUCCUGGAGGAAUUUGUUCCUGAAACUAAAGAAGUGGUGAUCCACAAGUACAAGACGCCCAUGGCACACCAGAUCUGUUACUCCGUCCUCUGUCUCUUCUCCUACGUGGCGGCGGUGAAGGGGAAGGAGGCUGAGGGCAAGCCCAAGCUGCUGUCUCCACGGCCUCUGGCCAGCUAGCUAGUCUAAACUUCUCUCCUGUUCCAUCUCGUCCCAUUCCAGGCACGUACACACACGCACGCGAACACACGCACACACACGCACACGCACACACACACACACACACACACGCGCACACACACGCACGCGAACACACACACACGCACGCACGCGAACA